AUGUUAUCUGUACUACUGAUACUGACUCUCUUCUCCCUGAUUAACUGCGGGGAGUCAGAACUGGGGACAAAUUUCAACAUUCCGACAUCAAAAGGAUUGAGCGUAAUAGCAUUGAAAUGCAUCGACGUUGGUGGCCAGUAUGGAAUAUUAGCAUCACUACAGAAUGAGGGAGGAGAGACAAUCUUCUUGACAGACACCAACUGGAAAUGCUCAUCGGUCCAGGAAGAAGGAUGGAAGCUGCCAGGAUUUGAAGGUAGUUCAGAUAAGUGGCAGAGUGCUUCUAAGAUAGCUGACCACGGUGUCACUCCCUGGAGGUAUAUAGCUGCAAUAUCACCUAAUGCAGACUGGAUCUGGGCAGUCGGAGCUGGAGAGAGGUCCACAGUUUACUGUCGCGGAGUCGUUAAAGCUCCAGUUGCGGGAGCAUGGAGCGCUUGGGAGAACUGGUCUGAGUGCUUGAAAGAUUGUGGGACAGGAACACAGACCGGAACUAGAACCUGCACAAACCCUACUCCUGAAUACGGUGGAAAAGAAUGUGAGGGAGAUAGCACUGAGACUCGGGAAUGCAACACACAAGAAUGUCCGGUGAAUGGUGGAUGGACUGAUUUCGGUGGUUGGUCUGAGUGCUCGAAAGAUUGUGGGACAGGAACACAGACCCGAACUAGAACCUGCACAAACCCUACUCCUGAACACGGAGGUAAAGAAUGUGAGGGAGAUAGCACUCAGGCUCAAGAAUGCAACACACAAAUAUGUCCGGUGAAUGGUGGAUGGACUGAUUUCGGUGGUUGGUCUAAGUGCUCGAAAGAUUGUGGGACAGGAACACAGACCCGAACUAGAUCCUGCACAAACCCUACUCCUGAACACGGUGGAAAAGAAUGUGAGGGAGAUAGCACUGAGACUCAAGAAUGCAACACACAAAUAUGUCCGGUGAAUGGUGGAUGGACUGAUUUCGGUGGUUGGUCUAAGUGCUCGAAAAAGUGUGGGACAGGAACACAGACCGGAACUAGAUCCUGCACAAACCCUACUCCUGAACACGGAGGAAAAGAUUGUGAGGGAUUACAUACUGGAACCCAAAGCUGCAACACACAACACUGUCCGAGUAAGAUUCCUUGCUGUUUUAAUACUACGAUUAGAAGAUUAGAUAAUUAGAUACUAGUUUAUUAACUUAUUAAAGUGUGACGAUAGAAUUAUAUUAUUACUGUGGAAUAAUAGUGAAAUAUCGGGAUAUAUUUCACUAUUAUAGCCAACACAAUGUUAUAUUAUAGCCAACACAAUACUUUUACUAAUUAUAUUGUGGUUCGCUUGAGAAAUGUGUUCAUUAAACUUCAGAUUAUAAUACUCAUCUACUUUCACCUACUUUCAGCAAAAGUCUCACUUCUCAGAUUAAGAUCGGGUCCACUUAAACACUAACCUCACUAACCUCACUAACCUCACUAACCUCACUUCUUCACACUAAUUUAGAAAUUAAACACUCAGAGUUGAGUAACUUUGUAAGUCAGCUGUUACUAACGGAGAAAAGGAGCACCAGAAUAUAGAAGGUAAGAAUUCUACUGUAUGUUUAGAAAGGAAUUUAGUUGAUUUUAGCCGA